AUGCCAUCCCUGAAUGGCCUGAUCACAACCUUCAACUGCGGCCGGCAAGAAGUUCAAGUCGACUAUUUCGCAUCAUCCCUGUAUACAAGUCUCAAGUCCGGCUCCCUUCCUCCCGACCUCAUUGUCCUCGCGCUCCAAGAAAUCUCUCCGAUCGGAUUCAGCUUCAUCGGAGGUUCCUUCAUCGCGCCCUACUUUUCCCGCCUCGGCGAAGCUGUACUCCUCGCGACAGCCUGGGCGUUUUCGAAAGAUGUGGUGUACGAGCAUGUGGUCACACGAAAUGCGGGCAUGACGGGGAUUAUGGUAUUCGCGAGGAAGGAGAUGAAGGAGCGAAUAAGAGGCAUGAAAGAGGCAGGGACGGGAGUUGGAUUCUGGGAGAUGGGUAAUAAAGGCGCGGUGGGCGUGAGGCUGGACUUGGAAGAGACGGCCAUGACAUUUGUGGCGGCACAUUUGGCGCCGGCGGAGGAUGCGUGCGAGAGGAGGAACAAGGAUUGGAAGACUAUAUGUGAGAACCUGGUAUUCGAGGAUGGGGCCAAAAGCUUUCAGCCAAAGAGGUCGAUAGCUGGCGACACAUCAGAGAGCGAACCUCUGCUGGCGGAGGACAGGACAACUGGGCUAGGAAGAAACGGACCACAUGGUAUCUUUGGUCCUGAGCCGUCACACAUCUUUUUCGCCGGUGACCUCAACUACCGUACAUCCGACACACCACCCGACGAAAAGGACCAUGAGAGCUGGCCGCAACCGAUGGCCUCAGAAUCCGACCCAUCACAUUUCAACCAACUCCUCUCAAAAGAUCAAUUGACCCGCGAGCUAAACAACGGUCGAACGUUGCAUCACCUCGCCGAAGCAAACAUCUCAUUCCCUCCCACUUACAAGUACUCUACCCGCGCACAACAACUCGCCCGAGACAACGCACGGCAGUAUACAUCAGCCUCACAAGCGAAUAAAGAACCGGGUCCGACGAUCAAUCUGGAGGGCCGACAAGAACAGGUCUGGCUCUGGGCAAAGCAUAGAGUACCGAGCUGGUGCGAUCGCAUAUUGUAUCUGUCGGACGCACAGCCGCAAGUGCAUUGGUAUACCGCGCUGCCGGUGCAGCCCACGAGCGAUCACCGGCCAGUCUCGCUGUCGUUCUCGAUUCCACUGAAAGCACCAAGCGCAGUAAGGCCUCCGUUCGAGAUUGUUGACGGAUGGAAGGAACGACGUGCGAAUGCGAGGAGAUUGGAAAUUUUGGUGGGAAUUGGAGCGUAUCUGAGCUUGACUGGACAAGGCCAGGCGCUGCUUGCUGGGAGUCUGGUGGGCAUAGUGGGAGCAUAUUUCUUGCUGCAUUCUCUGCUAUGA